AUGCCCAAGAUCAUCUCUUCUUCUGUUGUAUCUUCUUCAUAUAAUGCACCUCAACAACAAGAGCAGUCUUCAAAGACAUUAUAUGUUUAUUAUUGUUUAUGUUCAGAAUUCAUUUUAGUGAUCGAUGCUGAUCUACGACAAUUGCCAACAAGAAGAACAGACAAUGCCAUCAUUGUAUCAAAUAUCAGAAGAACCUACAAAUUAUCAGCAGAAGCAGGUGAUUGCGUUUUGUUAAAAAGACGUAAUGGAUAUGAAAAGCAAUAUAGAUACCAAUGUCCUCGUUGUGAACUAACAGUGGCAUACGAAAUGAACGAACAUCGUAAAUCAGGGCCUUAUACAUACAUAUUAGAGGGAGCAUUAACAGAUGUUCAAGGGAAAGUACCAGCCAACGCUAUCCUUGAUAUAGAGCAUAAUGUCAAUGUCAUUCAAACAUAA